UUGUUUGUUAUAAUUUAACCAUACAAAUAAAAAAGAUGGCGAACGUAGAGGACGCACAAGCACGUGUGCGAAAUGCAUUUAACGACAUGAUGGCAGCAAUUGACAAAGAUAUUAUAAGACAGAGACAGGCAGACAUGCAUACUUGUGCAGCUAAAUGUUACAGUGAUAGAAAAAGUCCAAUUGAGGACAUUGAGAGAUGUGCACAAAACUGCAAUGCCAAGCUAAUGGAAGCAUCAAGCUUUGUUCAAAGAGAGGUUGAAGGUUUUCAAAAUCGAAUCACUAGAUGUGCUAUGGAUUGUCAGGAUGCUGCACGAGACAAAAUUGGUCCCGAUACGAAAGAGAGCGAAAUUCAGGGCUAUAAAGAAGGCAUGGAGAAAUGCGUUAUUAAUUGUGUGGACACUCAUAUAACAACUUUACCAAGUCUAGAGAAGAGGCUACGACUAGGACUAACCAAAGGAAAAUAUGACUGAAAUUAACAUGCUGUUAGAUUUUUUUACAAUUACUUAAUUUACAAAAUGCUACCACAAUGGACAUUCAUUAGCAUUGAAAUAGAUUUUUUUUAAUAGAAUGUUGGAUGCUUGUGUUCAUUUUACACUAGUAAAGGCUGUGUAGAGUUUUACGGCAUAUACAUGUACAAGCAAUUAUUUUUUGUAAAAAGUAUAGAUUCAUGUUAUGUAACAGGGAUCAGAAUUUAAAACCAGCACUGAGCACAGAACAAUAGAUUUCUUAUCUGAUAUAUGAGAACUUUUUUUUUUAUGUACAUGUACAUCAUUCAUACAUGUUGAUGAAUUCAUUCGACAACCAACAUAACAAAAUCUAUAUAAUGAUAAAAAUAAAUAUUUAUUUGAUAUUGUCAAGUCA